CUGGGUGUCUACUGCCCCAGCUGCUGUCGUAGGCGAGGACGGCUGCUAGUGAGGCUGCUGUUGGUUCGCGGCGGCGGCGGCGGCGGCGGAGGAGGAGGAGGAAGAGGGCGAGGCAACAGGGGAAGAAGGAGGCAGGCGCGGCGGCGGCGGCUUCGCCCGGGGCCGGCGGCGGCGGCGGCGGCGGCGAGGGGGGGGGAAGAUGGCGGACGUGCUCAGCGUCCUGCGACAGUACAACAUCCAGAAGAAGGAGAUUGUGGUGAAGGGAGACGAAGUGAUCUUCGGCGAGUUCUCCUGGCCCAAGAAUGUGAAAACCAACUAUGUAGUUUGGGGGACUGGAAAAGAAGGCCAACCCAGAGAGUACUACACAUUGGAUUCUAUCUUGUUUCUACUUAAUAAUGUGCACCUUUCUCAUCCUGUUUAUGUCCGACGGGCAGCCACUGAAAAUAUACCUGUGGUUAGAAGACCUGACCGAAAAGAUCUGCUUGGAUAUCUCAAUGGUGAAGCAUCAACAUCCGCAAGCAUAGACAGAAGUGCCCCUCUAGAAAUAGGUCUUCAGAGAUCUACCCAAGUAAAACGAGCUGCAGAUGAGGUUUUAGCAGAAGCAAAGAAACCACGCAUUGAGGAUGAAGAGUGUGUGCGCCUUGAUAAAGAGAGAUUGGCUGCUCGUUUGGAGGGUCACAAAGAAGGGAUUGUACAGACUGAACAGAUUAGGUCUUUGUCUGAAGCUAUGUCAGUGGAAAAAAUUGCUGCAAUCAAAGCCAAAAUUAUGGCUAAGAAAAGAUCUACUAUCAAGACUGACUUAGAUGAUGACAUAACUGCCCUUAAACAGAGAAGUUUCGUGGAUGCUGAGGUAGAUGUGACACGAGACAUUGUCAGCAGAGAGAGAGUAUGGAGGACACGAACAACUAUCUUACAGAGCACAGGAAAGAAUUUUUCCAAGAAUAUUUUUGCAAUUCUUCAGUCUGUGAAAGCUAGAGAAGAAGGGCGUGCGCCUGAGCAGCGACCGGCCCCAAAUGCAGCACCUGUGGAUCCCACAUUGCGUACCAAACAGCCUAUCCCAGCUGCCUACAACAGAUAUGACCAGGAAAGAUUCAAAGGAAAAGAAGAAACGGAAGGCUUCAAAAUCGACACUAUGGGCACCUAUCAUGGAAUGACACUGAAAUCUGUAACGGAAGGUGCAUCAGCCCGUAAGACUCAGACUCCUGCAGCACAGCCAGUACCAAGACCAGUUUCUCAAGCAAGACCUCCCCCAAAUCAGAAGAAAGGAUCUCGAACACCCAUUAUCAUAAUUCCUGCAGCUACCACCUCUUUAAUAACCAUGCUUAAUGCAAAGGACCUUCUACAAGACCUGAAAUUUGUUCCAUCAGAUGAAAAGAAGAAACAAGGCUGCCAACGAGAAAAUGAAACUUUAAUACAGAGAAGAAAAGAUCAGAUGCAACCAGGGGGCACUGCAAUUAGUGUCACAGUUCCUUAUAGAGUAGUAGACCAGCCCCUUAAACUUAUGCCUCAAGACUGGGAUCGGGUUGUAGCAGUUUUUGUGCAGGGUCCUGCAUGGCAGUUCAAAGGUUGGCCAUGGCUUUUGCCUGAUGGAUCACCAGUUGACAUAUUUGCUAAAAUUAAAGCCUUCCAUCUCAAAUAUGAUGAAGUUCGUCUAGAUCCAAACGUUCAGAAAUGGGAUGUAACAGUAUUAGAACUCAGCUAUCACAAACGUCAUUUGGAUAGACCAGUUUUCUUACGGUUCUGGGAAACAUUGGAUAGGUACAUGGUAAAGCAUAAAUCCCACUUGAGAUUCUGAAUUUUACUUGGUUUCUCUUUUUCUGGAGAUCUGGAUUAAGAAGCAUGGAUAUACCUUGACCUAAAGACUGAGACUCAAGCUUUAUGAAUUUAUCAAGAAUUUACGAAUGAAGAAGGUCACAGAUCGAUCUUUUUAUAAGACCUUAUUUGAUGCUUUAUGCUUCAAGGGGAUGAUGCUUGUCAUCCAUAUAAGCAAACUUUUUGGCUUACAACUAUUUUUUUAAUAUUAGCCUUCUAGUCUGUAAUGGAAAUUGUAUAUUUUGAUAGAAGUUUUUUCUCCAUUGGUUAAAUUAGCAUUACUUAAAAUUUGUUUCUUUAGAAAAUAAAUACAGGUUAUAAAAUGUGUGUAUAUUUAGAGGUUAUAAGGCUCUCUAGGCCAUCUUGCUUCUGAUUUUUCAUUGCUCUAUAAUUCCUUUUACUGAAAAUACUGUGUUAUGAAUGGUAUUAAAUUUUAGUCUCUGAAACUUCGAAAACUAGCAAAGGGAUGUGACUAUUUUGAAUGAAUCAGAAUGUCAACUGUAUGUAUACUAUACCUAUACUUAUUCUUUAUUUAAAAAAGAAUAAUGAAAAAUCAAGAACAAUUCUUCAGCUGGUUGAACUGUUCAGCCUUUUCAAGACUUCUUCACUUUUAAAAUGAAUACGUUUAAUGAAUGUACAUUCUUCUCACUGACUUUGGUGAUUUUAAAACUUAGAAUGAUAUAUUUCUAUCUGUGCUAUCUUUCCACUUGAAAAAUCUCAAAACACAGAUUAAAACCUGAUAGGCUAUAGUACUUUUUAUUUUGGAAGACAGAGUAUGUUUGGGGGAAGGAAAUGUAUUAGUUCUACUGCAAUGUAACUUUAACCUUCUUAUCUUUUCUCAUAAGUUCACCUUUGAUUCUUACUUUAUAUGUAUGACAUAGGAUUUUGAGUCUUCUAUUUCUAGGCAUGUUGAUCUUGGAGUUCUUAUCUUCCAUUAUCCCUAAAUAUUGAUAAACUCCCCCAGACACCAAAGAACACAUUUGCUUAAUUGUCUGAACAGAAACAAGAUAAAAACACUGGUAUUUUUAUGUGUGUGUUCAAUAUCGUAUAAAAUAUAAAACCUAUAUUUUAACUUAGUAAAAUAUUUUACUACUUCUCUACUUUAGAGUAUUGCAUCCAAGAUACAAAUGAAUGAGCAUUUUCCUUGAGUCUUGAUUUCACUGUUUAUUACCUAAAAUCAACUGGGAACCUCUACUCCCUUAAAGAGUUUUUGCCAUUAGAAUCCUUGCUGAUCAUUCAUCUUGUGUCAUUUUUUUCCUCCAGUCCCCCCCCCCCCCAGUGAUCUCUCUUAGUUGUGUGUAUGUGUGUGUAUAUAUAUAUAUAUAUGACAAAAUAUAUAUAUAUAUUUUUGGUAAACAUUUAGCUCCUUCUUAUGUUAUGCUGACAUUACCUAGCCUCGUUUUGAAAUUUAAUGCUAUCAUAUAAAUGAGAAGCACUUAUUAUUUAUUUUUAAAGUAGUCACCAAAGUCCAUACCAAUAGUAAAUAGAAAAAGUAUUUAUUCAUGUGGAAUAAAUGGUUCUUAAGAAAAGCAGUCAGCAUUUUAAAUUAUUAGAUUAUAGCAUAUUUAUAAGGUUUGAACAGAUUCUACCCCCUUCCUUCCUUUCUUUGCAUCCUCUCUUCAAAACAAAAGAGAACUCAAAUUUGUUCACUUUAGAAUUUCUCAGCAUAUAAACUGUUUUCAAAAUAAAUUAUGUAUUGUAUAAACUUUCUCCAUGAUGAAAUCGUCGAGGACUAGAAUCUGUGAUAUUUUAAUGUAAGAUUACUUAAGACUACUACAAGUGGAAAAGAACUACCUUUCUAUAAAGAUUUUUAGUAUUUAUACUUAUGUCAUAUAUGAAACUUACUUGAUACAGAGUGUGGUUAAAAUUGGGAACAUCUACUUUGAACAGGGUUUAUUUUUCUAUCUUGAAUUUGCCUUAUGUAUAUUCAAAGGCUUCUGGAAAUACUAUAAAGAAACAUUAGGGAAAGUACAAAUAUGCUAUGCUAUUAUGUAUUUUAAAAUCAGACUCUUAGUAUGUGCUUAUUUUCUUUUUCUUUUUUUUUCAGUAGUUCAGUCCCUUAUUUAGGUCCAUGUAAUUGAUUUAAUAGCCAUUAAUUCCAAAAACAAUUUAUUUUCAGCCAAUCAUUAUCUCCUGAUUCUCGAGUCCUACAGCAGCACCUAUAACUGUGCCUUGCACAUAGUAGGCAUUCAGUAAAUAAUUUAUAUGCAUGAAUUAAUGACCUUUUCCGUGUAACUGAUUUAUUACAAAAAGUACUUUGACUAGAUGUUGGAAUUUGAAAGUAUGGAAUUACAGGGAAUGAAGAGAUACACACAGAUAUUUUCAUGGAAAUGAGGUAUGCAUUAGUAAACCUGACAUAUCCAUAAGUUCCUGUUAACUGGAGACACCCUGGUCUUGUCCCCCGGUAAAAGAAAAUUUCAUUUCUUUAUUCAUAGGAUCCUCUUCUGAGUCAGAUAACAUUAAGAAGCUUCUGGGUUUCAGUCAGUAACUCUCAACCCUGACAAACCAUUAGAAUCAUUUGGGGGACUAUUUAAAUACACUAUUGCCUGAUUCUUGAUUCUGAUUUAAUCUGGGCUGAGACCUGAUCAUCAGUAUUUUCAAGAAGUUCUCAAGGUAAUUUCAUGUUCAGAAAGGAUUGAGAAUCACUGAUUUAAUUUGUUACUAAAAACAAUACCAGUAUUAAAAUGUGUUUCCUCCUCACCUCUCCUCUCUUUUUUUUUUCCUUUCCUGCUUCUUUUCUUUUGAUGACCAACCUUUACACUAGACCAUCCCCCUUAUUGGGUACUGGCCUAUAGUUCCACAUGACAAAUUCAAGUCUUAUUUAUUUAAUAUAGGAGUAUUUUGCUGUUUUAUAUUUAAACAAUGUUUAAUAUAUUUCAUUAUAAACUAGUAUUACAGUUUAUGAUUUGUUUCCCAUAUGUCCAUAUCUUUUACUAACUUUUUAAAAAUAUCAGCAUAACAACAAUCCAUACAGAAAUAACUAGUUCAUAAUGAGGAAAAUUUCAUAAUUAAUUUUUAAGGUAGAAGACAGUAAAGUAUUAAUUUCUUAUCUGCCAUGCAGAAUUAGAGUUUGCUUAUGAAAGGAAAGAGGCAUACUUUUUAAUUGGUCUGCACAGAAAAGUAAAAGUAAAUUAUUCAUUUAAAUAAAAUUCAUUAUCAAACAUUGAAGGAAAUUUUUUCCUAAAUAAAAAUUUUUGUGACUCCUAACAAAAUUAAAGUGAUACAUUCUUUUUUGGAGUGUGGGGAGGGGGUAUUUAGUUGCCAUAUUUCUUACAAUUCCGUUUUAUUGAUAAUAACAAUAGAAAUGAUGAUACGAUAUACAUAUGUGGCCAGAAAUAAAGUGCCACUUUGUCAGAUAAUGAUUAUCUGAGUCUUAGUUGUUGAACUAAUUAGUUUAUGAAACUUUUGAGACCAGUGCUUUUUAUAAAUAUUGGAAAAGCUAAUCAAAAUUAAAACAUGAAAAAUAAAUUUAAUUACAUGAGCCUUAGUAUUACUUGACUGAAUUUUUAUUCACUUGGAUUUGAUAUGCAACUGGUUACCCUAACCAAAGUAAAUUAACUUUAUAAAAGGACAAAUGACUGAAUUUGACUUAAAUUAGAAUUGGAUUAGGAAUUUGAACUGCCAUGUCCUAUAUAUUCUGGCUUCUCCAUUGCCACAUUUGGCUGUUUAGUGGUGCCAUCAUGGUUUCUAUAUUAAUAUGUUGGAAAUAUAAUUAGGGAAAAGUUGAAAAUGUAUAAUAGGUGUAUAAAGAAUUAUAUUUAGUAAAUGCAUAAUAGGCAAUAAUACAUUCAGGCCAUUGAUCUGUUUGGGCUUAUAUGUAUUAUUUUAGGUAGUGUUUAUUAGAGUAUCUUGGGAGUUAUAAAUGUAUGCCAUUUAAAUGAGUAAAGGUAAUGAAAUUUUAUUGCCAAAAUUCAAAAAGUGGGGUGAUACUAUGUCACAUUUAAGUGAAUGAUGUACUGAGAAUUUUGUUUGCUACUGAAUUCCCUUUCUAUCCAGUUUAAGUUGACUAAAAUUUACUUAACCUCCAAGUUUGAUUACAGUGGUUUAUAUAUAAUGUAGUUCAUUUACAUGGUGUAGGCAUUAUAAAUGAUUGUUUAGCCACCAAUUUGUAUUAUUUCUCAAGCACAGUGUUUCUUGGGCCAUGUGACCUGAUAAAAUGUUCUAGUCAUUCUUAUGCCAUUUCAGUCAAUUUUUAAAUUUCAAGUUUAAUUGUAAAUAAAACAUUUUAUAAGACUUUACUUCAGCAGUCUUGGGGACGUUCCCACUCCCAGUUCUACUCGGCUUUUUGUCCCUCCAACCAAAAAAUCACAUCCAACCAAGAACACAGAAACUGUAUUUUGGGGUAGGAUAUGGAUGAUGACUGUCUUUCCAUGAAAGGAUUAUGAGAUUUUUCAGGCGUAGUAUUUCUCUGUUUUGAAAAUAAAUGCAGUGUGAGUUUUCACUUUGAAAACUAGUGAGUUAAGUACAUUUAUAGUUUUCUGUUAAUGCGUUAAAUAAUGUUAGGGAAUCAUAGUUCUUCCUAAAAGUAACAAGCCACAUGCUCUGUUGAACUUGGUUUGCUUAUGGUCCAAUUUACUAUGUCCUUUAUUGUUUUAAUAGAAUUAAGAAUGUAUCUGGUAAAUUACAUUGUUUUUACAGUUUGAGUACUCUGAUUUUAACAUUUUAUAGUUUGAAAACAAACUGUACUCUGCAUAUAAUCAGAUCAUUAACAGCAUCAACAUAUUGGUUGUGCCAGUGAUAACGUGUGACUCUUUUGCAACAAAAUUUCUUAAAUGAAGAGUUUAAUGGGCCCUAUUCAAACUUAAUUUCCAUUCAGUUCAUAAGUGCCCACUUAAUAUGUGUUUUAUCUUGCUCUUCUAUUCAUUUGAUCAUUGGCUCUUAGUCAAAUGAGCAGUCACAUAACUAAAAUAGAUAUAGCAUGAGUUGUAAAUGCUGUUGGAUUUUUUUUUUUAAGGCUCACAGGUGCUAGUAUAUGUAUAACAGCACAUUGCCAAAUAAGCUUUUUUCUCAUUUUCUAAAACACUUCCCAUUUUUAUUUAAUCAUGUAAUGAUCAGGUAUUUAUGGUAGCUUGGAAGACUUCCUCUUAAUUUUCUUCAGUGACCAUAAAAAAACAUAAAAGUAGCUCUGGAGAAGCCUGUGUUGAGUCUGUCAUAAUUAUUUGUAGAUAUUUUAUCCCAGAAUUAUAGUUCAUAAUUCAUCAUCCAAAGAAUGUUGAUUUAUAUUACAUAACUAAUGUAAAUAGGAAUCAGUAUAAGAAAGAAGAAAUUAGAGAUUUGAUUAAUCACACUUGAAUAUUUUUUUGGACUGUACUUCAUUUACCAAAAAUUUCCAAAUGGAAACACAUUGGGUGGUUAUACAACAUUCACUGUGAUAAAAUGUGGUAAUUUACACUCACAGAAGAACUACAUUCAUGGAGUUUACCAUAUUAAAAAUGUAAAUAUGGUAAUGGUAUCAAUUUCUCUUUUUAAAAUUAUUAAAUAAUAUAAAUAUGUUUUUCUUUAAAAUGAAAUAGUUUGAAAUUUUAUCAAGUUGGUGUGUGUAAUGGUUGGGGAAGAUCAAAUGAGCUUGCUCGUGGCUUAUUCAAUUAUUUUACCCCAGUUGGGCAUCACUAAAGUUUAUGGUCAUUUUGACUGUAAGACAGUUUUAAAGUAUUAUAUUCUUAUUUAUGUGUUUAUUUCAUAAUACACCACUGAGUACAGAAAAGGAAGUUUAAGGGUUAUUGAUGAUGAAAUAAACUGGGGGGCAUUCAUGGUAGUUGAUGUAGGAAUUGGAGGAGAAAGAAGAAAUUAUAUGGGCACUCUAACUCAUUGUGAAAAAUUGUAGUAGGAUUUAGGCAGUGAUGUAUUUUUGGGGGGUUUAGACAUAAACGUAAGUGAAGCUAGGCAAACCUGUGGUAUGAUUUUUCUCCAGCAGCAUGUAGUGGCUUGAUUGCAGGUAUA